GGUAAUUAUUUUGGUAACUGCUUAGUCCUGCCGGGUAAAACCCGUUGGUAUUGGGUCUUUUUGACCCGUUUGGGCUUUUUCCCUCAAUUCUCUUUUUGUGUUAAUUGAAAAAUUCCUUGGCCGGGUUCUAUCAUCUCUUUCUCCGGGAACACACUAAACCUAAGUCCGAUCGAAAAAGCGAUCACUUGACUCGAAAUCACACGACUUUAUCUCCCUGAACCCUAAUGGAUCAUCCAGAAGAUGAAUCCCACAGCGAGAAACAAGACGACGAGGAAGCUCUUGCUCGUCUUGAAGAGAUUAAGAAGUCAAUUGAAGCUAAACUGACUCUUCGUCAAAACAAUCUCAAUCCUGAACGACCUGAUUCAGCAUAUCUUAGGACUCUAGAUUCUAGUAUCAAGCGGAAUACAGCAGUUAUUAAGAAGUUAAAGCAGAUCAAUGAAGAGCAGCGAGAAGGGUUGAUGGAUGAUCUGCGAGGUGUUAACCUUAGCAAAUUCGUUAGUGAAGCUGUUACUGCCAUUUGUGAGGCUAAGCUCAAAAGCUCAGAUAUACAAGCAGCUGUUCAGAUUUGCUCGCUACUUCAUCAGAGGUAUAAAGAAUUUUCUGCCAGUCUAACACAAGGGCUCUUGAAAGUCUUCUUUCCUGGAAAAUCUGCCGAAGAUUUAGAAGCUGAUAAAAACUCAAAGGCCAUGAAAAAGCGCAGUACCCUAAAACUUCUUCUGGAGCUCUACUAUGUUGGAGUAAUAGAAGAUAGUAACAUCUUUAUCAAUAUUAUUAAGGAUCUUACCAGUGUUGAACAACUGAAAGACAGAGAUACGACCCAAACAAAUCUGACACUUCUCACCAGUUUUGCUCGGCAAGGAAGAAUUUUUCUGGGGCUUCCUAUCUCUGGACAAGACGAAGAUUUUUUCAAGGGUCUCGACGUCACUGCAGAUCAGAAAAAGAGUUUUAAGAAAGCUUUCAACACAUAUUAUGAUGCUCUUGCAGAUCUCCUUCAGUCUGAGCACAAGUUACUUCUCCAAAUGGAGAAAGAAAAUGCAAAGCUGGUAAAUGCUAAAGGAGAGCUUAGUGAAGACAGUGCAUCUUCUUAUGAAAAGCUGAGGAAAUCAUACGACCAUCUCUAUCGAAAUAUCUCAUCUUUGGCCGAAGCACUUGAUAUGCAACCUCCUGUUAUGCCAGAGGAUGGUACAACUAGGCUCACAGCAGGGGACGAAGCUUCACCCUCUGGUACUGUAAAAGAUACAUCUGUCCCGGAACCUAUUUGGGACGACGAAGACACCAAGACAUUUUACGAGUGCUUGCCUGAUCUGAGGGCAUUUGUUCCAGCAGUAUUGUUGGGAGAAGCAGAGCCUAAAUCAAAUGAGCAAUCUGCUAAGGCAAAAGAGAAACUCUCUGAGUCUAGCUCUGAAGUUGUUGAAAAUCAACAAACAACCGAAGAUACAACAGAGGUUUCUGCUGAUUCUGCUAGUAUGGAUGAUCGAUCAAAUGCUGAGCAGCCAAAAGAGAAGGAAGAAGUAGAAAAGGAAAAGGCUAAGGAUACUAAGAAGGAAAAAGGAAAAGAGAAGGAUAGUGAGAAAAAGAUGGAACAUGAGAAGGAGAAAGGUAAGAGCCUUGACGUGGCAAACUUCGAAAGAUUGUUACAGCGACUUCCGGGUUGUGUUAGCCGGGAUCUUAUUGACCAGUUAACGGUGGAAUAUUGUUAUUUAAAUUCCAAGACAAACAGAAAAAAACUUGUCAAAGCGUUAUUUAAUGUCCCUAGGACAUCUCUGGAGUUGCUAGCAUACUAUUCGCGUAUGGUUGCAACACUAGCAUCGUGCAUGAAGGACAUCCCGUCUAUGCUUGUGCAGAUGUUGGAAGACGAGUUUAAUUCUCUGGUCCAUAAAAAGGACCAAAUGAAUAUUGAAACAAAAAUCCGAAACAUCAGAUUUAUUGGAGAACUCUGCAAGUUUAAAAUUGUACCUGCUGGUCUUGUAUUCAGUUGUUUGAAGGCUUGCUUAGAUGAAUUUACUCACCAUAACAUUGAUGUUGCUUGCAAUCUUCUGGAGACAUGUGGCCGUUUCCUUUAUCGGUCUCCUGAAACCACACUCAGGAUGACAAAUAUGCUGGACAUAUUGAUGCGCCUGAAAAAUGUCAAGAAUUUAGAUCCUCGUCAAAGCACUCUUGUGGAAAAUGCCUACUACUUGUGUAAACCUCCUGAAAGAUCAGCAAGAAUUUCUAAAGUUCGUCCACCAUUGCAUCAGUAUGUUCGAAAAUUGCUAUUCUCUGAUCUUGAUAAAGAUUCCAUUGCAAACGUACUGAAGCAACUGCGGAAGCUGCCAUGGAGUGAAUGUGAGCAAUACAUCUUAAAGUGCUUUAUGAAGGUUCACAAGGGAAAGUAUGGUCAGAUUCACUUAAUUGCUUCCUUGACUUCUGGUUUGAGCCGCCAUCAUGAUGAGUUUGUGGUGGCUGUUGUUGAUGAGGUACUGGAGGAGAUAAGGGUUGGGCUUGAGUUGAAUGAAUAUGGGGCACAACAGAAGCGGCUAGCCCAUAUGAGAUUCUUAGGGGAGCUGUACAACUAUGAGCACGUAGAUUCAUCUGUGAUAUUCGAGACACUUUAUUUAACUCUUUUAUAUGGUCAUGAUACUUCAGAGCAAGAGGUGCUGGAUCCACCAGAAGAUUUUUUCCGUGUCAGGAUGGUUAUCAUUCUUCUGGAAACCUGUGGGCACUACUUUGAUCGAGGUUCUUCAAAGAAAAGGCUUGAUCAAUUUUUAAUACACUUCCAGAGAUACAUCCUGAGCAAGGGCCACCUUCCACUGGAUAUUGAAUUUGACUUGCAGGAUCUAUUUGCCAAUUUGAGACCUAAUAUGACUCGUUACUCAACCAUUGAUGAGGUCAAUGCCGCUAUACUUCAGCUGGAAGAGCGUGAACAUGCUUCUUCAGGAGACAAAGUCAGUAUAGAAAGACACUCAGAUACAAAGCCUUCAAACAAGUCGUCUUCUGAUGUUAUCUCUUCUAACGGGAAAAGUACUGCCAAAGAUAUUAGAGAGAAUGGAGAAGCUCACGGAGAAGAAAGCGACAGCGAUUCUGGUAGUGGCUCCGUGGUUCGUGAUGGACAGAACGAAGAGUUGGAUGAUGGAAAUCAUGAGCGGGGAUCUGAGAGUGGUGAUGGGGAUGAUUAUGAUGAUGGCGAUGGACCUGGAUCUGAUGAUGAUAAAUUUCGUGUAAGGCAAAAGGUGGUAACCGUAGAUCUUGAGGAACAAGCGGACUUCGAUCAAGAACUGAAGGCCUUACUUCAGGAGAGCAUGGAGCAAAGGAAGCUAGAAUUACGAGGUAGACCGGCAUUGAACAUGACAAUACCGAUGAGUGUUUUUGAAGGAUCUGGAAAAGAUCAUCAUCAUUUUGGGCGGGUAGUAGGUGAAAACGGUGAAGAAGUGUUGGAUGAAGAGAAUGGAGAGCAAAGAGAGGUUCAAGUGAAGGUCCUAGUGAAGAGAGGAAACAAACAACAAACAAGGCAAAUGCUAAUCCCGAGUGAUUGUGCUCUAGUGCAGAGCACAAAACAGAAAGAAGCUGCAGAAUUGGAAGAGAAACAAGACAUAAAGAGGUUAGUACUCGAGUACAAUGAGAGGGAUGAAGAGGAAGCAAAUGGGUUAGGAACACAGAUAUUGAAUUGGACUUCUGGAGGAAGCAGAGGAUCCACUCGAACCGGGGAAGGCAGUGGGAAGAGUGGUGGGUCUCGUCACCGGUUUUAUUAUCAUCAAGGAGGUGGUGGUUCGUAUCAUGCCCGACGAAAGUAACUUCAUCCGGUUUAGGGGGAAAAUUUGAUAAUCUUGCCUGUGUCAAAAGCGGUAAUAGUUGGCUUUUUGCUACGGCUGAAAAGGACAAUUCACAAGAAAUCUCAUGAGUUUCUGUGACAAAAGUUGAUGUAUUCGACUUCACAUUCUGUAGUGUUGGUUAAGUAAAUCUCUGUGUGUGACCCUUUUUGUCCAGCUUGGUUAAAUCUUGCAUUUAAUGAUUAUUUAGCAUCAUUCUCAUGUGAAAAAAAAAAAGAAGAAGAAGAAGAAGAAAUUACUAAGUAAGGAAAGAGAAUGAUGACGAGAAGAAAACUUUUUAAGAUUUGGUCUUACCAUAUACGGAAAGGCCAGAUUUAGUGUGCAGAGG